AGGAGGGUCUGUGCUUGUUCUCUCUGAGCGGGAGACAGUGAGAAGGAGGGUAAGGACAGAGGAGCAAAGGCAGGCUAGCUGCAGCCAUGGCCUCCAGAAGGUGCCCUGGGCGCAGGAAGAAACAAACAGAAUUUCACGCCAAGAGGGUGACAACAAGAGAAGAGCUUGUGUUAAGAGAUCCAUUUUCUGAAAGUGAGAUAUCUUUAAAAUCUGAAGACAACUUUAACAGGAAAGACAAAGUCAUCCAAAAACUGCAGUCAGAGAUUGAAUAUCUGAAAACGAAAAAAAGUGACUUGGAAAAGCAUGUUACGAAACUACAUGAUAGUAAGGUGGAGAUAAUGUCUCAAGUGGAUGAUCUGGUCAUCAAGAAUGAAUAUUUGUAUAAAGAACUUUCUCAUGUAGACAAGGUAGCAAAGCAGUUGGAAAAAGAAAAGGAAUUUGCAUUGGAAAGUGCGGACCAGAAAGUUUCAGAAGCAAAGUCUCAGAUUAAAUGCCAACAAAAUACUAUACGGAAAUUAGAACAUACAAUCAGCCUCCUUAAAUCUGCUGCCUUGAACACUGAAAGAUCACAAGAGAGGUAUUCCUUGAAACGUGAUAAUUUUAUAAAGACAAUAGAAGAAGAACGAGAUUAUUAUAAAACUGAAGCUGGGCAUUUGAAGAAGAUGCUCCGGAACUCAUCUUUAAGUCCUAAGCGCAAGUCCUCUUGUUCAGUUUCAAAGGGUUCCUCUCCCAUUCAGGGGAGUAAUUCUGAUCCAGAAUUUCUGAAGAUCUUGAGAGAAUGCGAAGAGUAUAAGGCUAUACUAGAAAAAUAUGAACGUCACAUGGCAGAAAUUCAGGGUAACAUCAAGGUUCUCACAGCAGAAAGAGACAAAGUGAUCUGUCUUUAUGAUCAGGCACAGGAAGAAAUAAGUCAGCUGCGGAAGGAAGCAAUCAAAAUCCCCAAAGCUUCUAAAACUGCAAUGACUGCUCAGGCUGUUUUAAGACGAGUGGAAACAGAGAGAGAUGCAGCUAUUUCUGAUUUCCGAAGGAUGGCCACAGAACGUGAUAGCUUAAGAGAGAGGUUAAAGAUUGCCCAGGACACUGCAUUUAAUGAGAAAGCUCACCUGGAACAGAGAAUUGAGGAGCUGGAGUUAAAUAUUCAGAGUCUUGACAAUGAACGGUUAGAACAAAUAUCAAAGAUGUCUUUGAUGAAGGAGACUAUAGAGUCUGUGGAAAAGGAGAUGAAAAUAUUGGCAAGAAGAGCAGUGGAUUUCGAAAGUGAGCUAAACAGACAAAAAGCAGCUAAUGUUUCACUGAGCAAAUUGAAUGAAAAAACAGAGCAUAGCCUUUCAGAAGCCCAAAGACAACUUUCAAAGAAAAAAUAUGAAUUACAACUAAUUCAAGAGAAAAUUAUGUGUCUAGAUGAAAAAAUUGAAAAACUUUCAAAACAAAAUCUUGCUCAACAUGAAGAUAUUUGUACAUUCAGUGAAACAAUAACUGAACUGGAGUCAGAAAAAGAGUCUUUACAAGACCUUCUGGAAGAAAAAGCAGAGAAAAUUGUCACCCUUGAAGAAAGCUUGGCCAUUAAAGAAAAGACCAUUUCAGAUUUGAAGUGCCUACUUUCUGAUAUUGAACAUUCAUCAAAACAUUCUGCUGAAGCACUACACAGGAACGAACAGGAUAUUACCAGACUGCAAGAACUGCUUGAUGAUGCUAAUAAUGAACUUACUCAGACUGGCAGAGAGAAAGAGGCCUCAGUGCGGGAGAAUGAAAGGCUACAGGAGCAACUGUAUGGUUUUAAGCAGGAAAAUCAGAUUCUGCAUCAAAAAAUCAACAAAUGUCAGAGUGAAUUUGAUGAUAUGAAGUUGAAAAGUGAAGAUUUGUAUACAAAUAUUGUUAGACUGAAGAACAUACUGAAUGCUAAAGAGAAAGAGAAUCAAGAUCUUUUGGAGGGUUGUCAUAGAGCCAAUGAACGGGCAGAAAGAUGGGAAUCAAAGUUCCACCAAAUAGAAGCAGAGUGCAAUUCUCUCCGACAUGAAGUUCUCAGUGUAGAGUCUGAGAGGCACAGACUGAAAGAACGAACUGAGUCUCUUGAAGCAGAGAUUGAACAACAUUUAGCAUCAGAAAAAGCCUACAAAUCCCAGAUUUGUACUUUAGGCAAGUCUCUUGUGAAAAUGGAGGAGGAACUUCAUAAAUCCCAGAUAGACAAAGUUUCAAUACUCUCAGAUCUGACAUCUACUCGGGAACUGUGCAUUAAAUUGGACACUAGCAAAGAGUUAUUAACCCGGCAACUAAACAGUGCAACACAAGAGGUUGAACGAUUUCAAAAUGAAUGGGAAUCAUCUACCUCAGAAAUAGAACUCCUCAGAAAACAACUCACAAAUGAAAGAAUCUCAAUGAAAAAUCUGGAAACAUUGUUAGCUUCCAACAGAGAAAAGGAAUUUCAAUCUCAGAUGAUAGAGCAAGAAAAGGAUUCUGAAAUACAGCUUCUUAAAGAGCAGCUCUCUUUGGCUCAAAACAAAAUUGCUAUCCAGUGUCGAGAUUAUUCACAGCUCAAAAACACAAUAACUCAACUGGAAUCUGAGCUAGACAUUACCAAAAGACAGUUGAGCACAGAACGCUUUGAAAGGGAACGUGCAGUCCAAGAACUUCGCCGCCAGAGUCUUGCAGCUUCAUACCACUUAUCAGCUACAAUAAGAUCAUCAUCACCUGAACGUUGCCGGCAUUGGUCUCCCGACCGAACUCUGGACAGAUCUUUGGAAGGGGAUCCUUUGUUGAAGGACUUCUAACUGAAAAAGAUAUGGGAAAAUCUGACAUCUAUUACAGAAAUGCAGAUGCCAAAAUGAACUCAGGAACUACUGUAAGAAUUGGUAUAAUCCAAUUUGAUGGUGGAAAUAUUCAGAUUUUUAACUGAAGUAGCAUUCACAAAUGUUUUAUCUAAGUCACUGGAAUAAAAGCAUUUUGGGUA